UGGUGGCUCGCGUCCGCCAUUUUACUUACCGUAACUUCCGCUUGCUUUCUUCUUCCUUUACGGCCAGGCGAGGCGUGUAAGCAGCCUGGUAGUGUUUCUCUGAUGUGUGAGAAGUGACGAAAAAGCCGUGAGAUGUCGUUAUCAACAGCGCGUCCGCUGAUCACUGUGUACAGUGAUAAAAAUGAGCCAACAGGAGACACGAUCUCUCUGCCUUCAGUGUUUAAGGCUCCAAUUAGGCCUGAUGUGGUGAACUUUGUUCAUCAGCAGGUCUCCAAGAACAGUCGUCAGCCCUACUGUGUCUCCAAGGAGGCUGGACAUCAGACUUCUGCUGAAUCAUGGGGUACCGGUCGUGCCGUGGCCCGUAUUCCUCGUGUUCGUGGUGGUGGUACUCAUCGUUCUGGCCAGGGUGCUUUUGGCAAUAUGUGUAGAGGUGGACGUAUGUUUGCUCCCACCAAACCCUGGCGCCGCUGGCACCGUCGCGUUAAUGUUAACCAGAAGCGUUAUGCUAUUGUUUCUGCAAUUGCUGCCUCUGGUGUACCAGCUCUUGUUCAAUCGAAAGGACACAUGGUUCAGGAAGUACCAGAAUUCCCACUUGUAGUUUCUGACAAGAUUCAAGAAUACAACAAGACCAAGCAAGCAGUUAUCUUCUUGCGUCGUAUCAAAGCGUGGAAUGAUAUCCAGAAGGUAUACAAAUCGCAACGCUUCCGUGCCGGUAAGGGUAAGAUGCGUAACCGACGUCGCAUCCAGCGUCGUGGACCUCUAAUCGUCUACGGUCAGGACCAGGGAAUCCGCAAGGCUUUCCGUAACAUCCCUGGCAUUGACCUGAUGAAUAUCAACAAAUUGAACUUGUUGAAAUUGGCACCUGGCGGUCACGUUGGCCGUUUCGUAAUCUGGACGAAAUCUGCUUUCGACCAACUCGACGCCCUUUACGGCACAUGGCGCAAAGAAGCCAAACUGAAGGCUGGCUACAACCUACCCUUCCCCAAAAUGGCCAAUACCGAUUUGGCCAGACUUCUGAAAUCCGAGGAGAUCCGCAAGGUCCUCAGGUCUCCAAGAAAGAAGGUCAUGCGCAGCGUUAAGAAACUUAACCCACUGAACAACACGCGCGCCAUGUUGCGCCUCAAUCCAUAUGCUGCCGUUCUUAAGCGCGCCGCCAUCCUUACAGCCAAGAAGCGUCAGUACGAGAGGGACCUUAUUCUCGCCAAGAAGCGCGGUAUUACCCUGUCCAACAAACAUCCUGCGGUGAAGACAGAGAAGUUGCUGGAGAGGCGUAAAAAACUAAUCCUGGCAGCAAAGGCAUCGAAACCGAAGAAGCCGAAGGCACCGAAGAAGGCCCCAGCACAGACAGCGAAAUCUGCACCAGCUAAGGCUAAGGCACCAGCAAAGGCCAAGGCACCAGCAAAGGCCAAGGCACCAGCGAAGGCCAAGGCUCCAGCACCAGCGAAGGGCAAGGCUCCAGCACCAGCUGCUGAGGCACCAGCGCCCGCUAAAGGACCAGAAGCAGCACCCGCCAAGUGAAGACCUUUUUAAGAACAUUCGUUGUUGACCCGUGACUUUUAUUACUUGCAAAUAAAACGAGGGAAAACAACCACA